AUGUCCACCCCCCAGCUGCUAUACUUCCACUGCCCCGAAGCGGCCCUCUCCAUCCGCGCGAAGCUCCUCGCCGCGGACAACCCGGACGUGGCCGCGCAGCUGGUCGCCCACCUGCCCCUGCAGAGCACGCUGGGCCACGUCGUCAUCUCCGGCGAAGCCUUCUGGCUGCCGACGCGCAUCGUGCACCUGGGCCGCGACCACCUGGUCCCGCGACACCCGGGGGCCGUCUAUCUCAACGCCGUCGGGGGCUCGCUGUGCCUGACCUACGGGCGCGUCACCGAGAGCGCGCCGGUGAACAAAGUGGCCGACGUCGAGGCGGCGGACCUGCCCGCCCUCGUCCAGCUGGGCCGUCUGGUGUACGAGCAGACCGUCGCCAGCGCGCGCCACUCCCUCCUCACCAUCCACGUUAGCCUGCAUCCUGACCCUCACAGCCCACCCAAGCACAACCUCACGCUCACGGCGGGGAACCACCCCCAAGGACCCGAAAACAACCACUCCCGCCCCCUCGACAAACCCCUCCCAACCACAACCCCUCCACAGCCCCAAACAUGGCACUCAGCCCUCACCACCAUAACCACACAAACCACCACCAUCUGGCAGCACAUGCCCCCGAGCAUCCACCGCAUCAAAUGGGGGGUAAUCCCCAGCGGCGCCGGCACAGGCGCCCAGUACUUCUCCGUGCUGGUGCACCUGAGGUCCUUCCUCCUGCAUCUGGGCGGCGACGUCCUCUACCGUCUGCUCAAGAUCUCGCUGUACCCCGACCUCCCCUUGGCCGUGGUGCAGCGCAUGACCCGCGAGUUCCUGGUGGCCAACUUCAAUACCUUCGAUAUGUUGGUCGAUCUGGGGCUGGAGGAGAUGCGGGUCAUCGGGGAGGUGUAUUUGGGCGGGCUGGGGAGGGUGGCCUGUAAAGGGGAGUAUCGCGUGUUGACUGGGGCGUUAUUCUCCUAUGUCUGUCGCAUGCAUCGCUGGGUGCAUUUGGUUUUUCCGUGGAAUCUUGGGGUCGCGUUUCCGCAUCGGCGCGUGGAGGAGAUUUUGGGGGUGGCGGGGGUGGGAAUGGCAUUUGGAGAGGGGGUGGAUGGGCUAGAUGGAGGAGGUUUGGAGGGAGGGGUGAGGGUAAGGGUUUAG